AUGAUCGGCGCCCGCUUCUACCUCACGACGCUUGUCGUCGCACUGCUCACGGUCACGUUCUUGGCUGGCUUGACCGUCACCAUCAACGCCAUGGUCACGCAGCACACCGGCAACCGUUUGGGUUGGGAGCAGCACCUGUCGCUGAGCAAGGGAUACUUGAUGAAACUGGCCCGGAUGGGGUCCGACGAUCAAGCAUCUCUCGCCCGUGAUGCCACUCGUCACCUUGUGCCCGCCGUGGCCGAUCCAUGGGGUCACAGUGCCGUGACGGGACGACGAAAAUCGGUCGGCACAUUUCCUUUGGACAAGGUGGAAGGCUAUGCGAUCAACGACCGCUUGCACUGUCCGGCCAACCAUGUGCCCGAAAUGUUUCUUUGA